GAAGGCCAGGCGCCUCUGGGUGCCCGGGGGCUCAAGGACCCGCGCCAACCACGCAUCCCGGCCCUGCGAGGGUCACCGCGGGGCCGGGUCCCCAAGCGGGUCUGCUUGUGCCGGGCGCCCGCGGGGACGGGGAGACGCAGGGGCCAGGCCUGAGAGUCGGACGCCUGCCUCGUGCCCUGCCCGACCUGCUGCGCAUCCCCCGGCGCUGCCCAUCCCCGCCCUGGCCCGAGGGUCUCUGGGCUCCUAGUCCCCGCGUGACUCGCGUUGUCGGCGGCGCUUAGGACCUCAGAACUCUGCCCAGCCCGGCUUCAUUCCGACCUGACCUCACCAGCCUCCGUUCCGCCUGUGUAAACCGGGUCUCCUGGUGUAGCAUGGACCCAGUUGCCACCCACAGCUGCCACCUCCUCCAGCAGCUGCACGAGCAGCGAAUCCAGGGCCUGCUGUGUGAUUGCAUGCUGGUGGUACAUGGCGUCUGCUUUAAAGCGCACAAGAACGUGCUGGCCGCCUUCAGCCAGUACUUCAGGAGCCUCUUCCAGAAUUCCUCAAGCCAGAAGAACGACGUUUUCCACUUGGAUGUGAAGAACGUCAGCGGCAUAGGGCAGAUCCUCGACUUCAUGUACACGUCACACCUCGACCUUAACCAGGACAACAUACAAGUCAUGCUGGACACAGCCCAGUGUUUGCAAGUUCAGAACGUCCUCAACCUGUGCCACACGUUUCUGAAAUCAGCCUCUCUGGAGCAGCCGCCUGGCCUGCCCUGUGGUAGUGCCUUCUCCCUACAGGGCGCUCUGCCCCCUGAAGCCACCUGCGUUCUGAAUGAAAGCUACCCGCCACCCCUCCUGCCCGAGUGCCCAACAGAGGCCCAGCAUGGCAAGGUUCUGGAGGAAGUGCAUGCCCCCGCCCUGCCCGGUCUCCAUCAUCCUGCGGGCGAGAUGGCCAAACAGGCCUCAGAUGCUCUGGACGGCAGCUGCACCGAGCUGCCUGGCAAGCAGCCCAGUUACUACUACAAGCUCCGGGACUUUUACAGUAAGCAGUACUACAAGCAGGCCGCUUGUCCCGGCCAUGAGCGAGCAGCUGAGCAGCCCUUUGCUUUCUCCUCCUCCACAGACCUCACUGCGGUGGAGACCCAGCCAUGCACGGUCAGCCACUCCGAGUGCCUCCUGGAGUCCUCAGAGCACCUGCCCACUGCCUUUCUGGCCCCCCCACUAAGUGACUCUGCCCCUGACCCCGAGGCAGACACCCCCUGCGAACAGCCGACCAAGCAGAUGCGGCUCAAAAAGGCCAUUCACCUGAAGAAACUCAAUUUCCUAAAGUCACAGAAAUCUGCAGAGCAAGCAUCCGAACCCAAGUCAGAUGAUGGCUUAGACAAGGGGAUGCAAUGUGCUAGUGAAAAUACGGGAGAGAACGCUGGCAGCCACAGUGCAGAAGCCAAGGAGAGCAGGGACCUCAGCUCUGAGCCGUUUCCCUGUGGCAUCAGGGAAGCGGAGGCACCCGAAGUGCCCGCUGCUCUGGAGGAGCAGUCCCAGAGCCUGCAGCCCCAGAGACAAUACGCGUGUGAAUUGUGUGGGAAGCCUUUCAAACACCCGAGCAACCUGGAGCUGCACAAGCGGUCUCAUACAGGUGAGAAACCUUUUGAAUGUAACAUUUGUGGGAAACAUUUCUCUCAGGCAGGUAACUUGCAGACCCACCUCCGCCGGCACUCUGGGGAGAAGCCGUACAUCUGCGAGAUCUGCGGAAAGAGGUUUGCAGCCUCUGGCGAUGUCCAGCGUCACAUCAUCAUCCACUCAGGGGAGAAGCCACACUUGUGCGACACCUGUGGCCGAGGGUUCAGCAACUUCAGCAACCUGAAGGAGCACAAGAAGACACACACGGCUGACAAGGUGUUCACCUGCGACGAGUGCGGCAAGUCCUUCAACAUGCAGAGGAAGCUGGUCAAGCACCGGGUCCGGCACACGGGCGAGCGGCCCUACAGCUGUUCCGCCUGCGGGAAGUGCUUUGGGGGCUCAGGCGACCUGCGCAGGCACGUGCGCACGCACACCGGGGAGAAGCCCUACACGUGCGACAUCUGCAGCAAGUGCUUCACACGCUCCGCCGUGCUGCGGCGCCAUAAGAAGAUGCAUGGCAAGGCGGGCGAUGACGGGAGCCCGGACGUGCUGCAGGAGCUGGGCCAGGCCAUCGAGGCCCCCGACCUGGACAGGUCACAGAGCUCAGACUCCUUCUCCCAGGACGUGGCUGGGACCCUGAUGCCAGGGCCAGGCAAACUCCCCGGCCACACGGCUGACGACUCCGUGACAGAGUUCGAUAGCCACUCUGCCGGUGGCUACUGCAAGUUACGCUCCGUGAUCCCUACCCACAGCGUGAGCGAGCAGGAGAGGACGAGUCUGAGUCUGGACGCUGGCAAGCUGGCCAAGCCCCCGGUGCCGCAGGCCCCGCACCCCGCCUACACCUACCCGGACAUGGAUGGCCCAGCCGGCGGCGAGCCCCUGCAGGCUGACAGCAUGUGCACGAUCCGCUCCUCGCUGGCCACCCUGGACAACCACUGCGGGGACCCCCUGGGCGGCCGGGCGGCCCCCACGGCCUACAGGAACUCAGAGGGCCAGUUCUUCUCCAGCAUGACUCUCUGGGGGCUCGCCAUGAAGACGCUGCAGAACGAGAACGAGCUGGAGCAGUGAUGUCCACCGGCAGAGGGCGCUCCGAUGGUGCCACAGGGUGGUGCGGGGGGCACGGAGCACUUGCCGUGAUCGGGAGGAAGGCCUGCAUGCAGAUGCUGGCCAAGCUGCGAUCUCAGUCCUUAGUCACGCCAGAGCGUCAGCUACUGUACAUAGGGCCAUUUCAAGAGAGGAUAUAAUAAUUCAGAUGUUAUUUUUGCAUUUUUACAGGAUUGAAAUUCACAGCAUUUGUAUUUUUUAAAUUUACAUAAAUUCUAUUUGUAUAUGAAACUUAAUUUAAUUUGAAUAAAUGGAACUUGGUUUUCUAUAUAA